UACAAUUAUCACCUUACCAAAAACAUAUAUAUUCAACAACUCUAAAAUGGGAAAAGAAAGAAUUAGCAAUUGCAUGGUCUUGCUUAAGCUUAUCAUGAGAAAGUUCAAGUCUCAUCUUCAACUAAUUCCCAAAUAUUCCAAUUAUAGGCAUCAAUUUGAUAUUGUGGAAACCCCAAGAGCAAAUGAAGAAGUUGUACCAAAUGAUGUUAAAGAAGGUUACUUUGCUGUAUUUUCAGUGAACAAAGAGGAAGAGCCAAAGAGGUUUACUGUGGAACUACAUUGGCUCACUAAUCCAUCAUUCUUGAAAUUAAUGAAACAAACUGAAGAUGAAUAUGGAUUUGGACAAAAAGGUGUUCUUGAAGUGUAUUGUCUUGCUGAGGAAUUGCAGAAGAUUUUGGAACUCACUUCUAUUGCAGUAUAGCUAGGUUAAGAUAGUUCCCUCUAUUUUAGCUUUAGCUAGGUUAAAACUUGAAAGAAAAAAACAAUUCCAUGUUUAGUUUAGAGGUUUAUGUUAUGAUUUGUGAUGUUAAGUUGACAUUGUCCUAUAACAAUAUGUAACUUUUUGGACUAGUAUGCCAA